UUUGUCACCUGAAACCAAAUCGAAAGCCACCGGCCAUCACAACAAACAUGUUCGCCAAAGUGAUUUUCUUCGCCGUUCUGGCCAUCGCUUGCGUUGCCGGAAAACCGUUCGUACCGUUGGCCUACUCGGCAGCACCGGCACUCGUAGCAGCACCGGGAGUGGCCGCCUAUUCGGCUCCACUGGCAGCAGCCUACACUGCCAGUCCGUAUGCCGCCUUCGCAUCCUAUCCGUACGCCGCAGGAUAUGCGUACUCUGCUCUUCCCUACACUUCGCUGGUGAUCUAAAGUGGAUCGGAUGGACAGCACCCGCAGGGGCUUAGGACAUUUAAUGCCGAGCUUCGAUUCAUGUUCAACAUCAACUUCCGAUUGACUUGUUGCUUCCAGUGGUACGUGCAGUCAACUUCUGCGGAAUUCGAACCACUUAAAUUACUAGCAUUCCUAGAAUUGUGUGUACCAAACAAAAAAUAAAUUCUCGAUUUCGUAA